AUGGCCGUGAAUCGAAGGUUUGAUACCAGUUCCAGUGCAUUGGAAGCCCAAGAGACGCCAGACAGCAUGGAAACGGUUGAAGGCGGAGGUGGGGCGGCGGCUGCUCGAAAUUGGGGUUCCAGCGCCUGCCCCGCGUUUUCGCCGCCGCCCAGCCAAUCAGGCGGCUGUUGUGGCGGCAUCGCAGCGACGUUGGCUGCCGCUGAUAACGCCAGAGCCCGCCGAGAGCCCACAGGAGCCAAAUUCUACUGGGGAGGCUUUUCUCGACUUCUCUACUUCAAGAUCCCGCGCCGGCACAUGACCCCGACUAUGCCCGUUUGGGGCGAUAUCCUGCUGGGCGUGCAUGAGCCUCAGGGCAAUAGCCGUUCGUGGGCUGGUGACUCUAGCACAUAUGCCUCAGCUGCUAUCCUGGCUCGACAGAUGCGUGCGAAUGAGGGGUUGCGGCGGUCCGGAGCCGUGGAGAUGGAGAUUUCUAGGAACUGGCCGGAGAGGACGAGUGCCCAAUUUGGCAAUUUUCGUGGUCUCGGUCUUUGA